AAAUAUGCUAAUCAACAGUGCUGUAUAACGUGAGUCUAAAGUUGACGAAAGUCUUGUUUAGCUUAAUUAUUUACAAUGGCAGACAAACCGAAACCACAAAAAGCAGCCAGUAGCAAUGCGUCGCCUUCAGACAAUGUAGAUAGUUCGCCACUUUUUCCACCCACCAAGCCUGGCAAACCUGUCAAUUAUGGCACGAACAAUACAUUGGAGCUCUUGGAGCGCAUACCCAGUCAAGUAGUCGAUCUCAAACUGGACGAAGUACUCACUGCCGUGAAAACAGUCGAUAACUUGUGUGAUUACCCACGCUGUAAGACCAGGACAAGCCUAAUGGGUCAGGACUGCGAGCACUGCAGCAAACGUUUCUGCUUUAAGCACGGCCUGCCCGAGGUUCAUGGCUGUGGUGAACUCAAGAAGCGGGAAGCCCGGAAAGAAUUUCUACAUCCCAAGCCAUUGAAGACCAUACGCCAAGAGGAGGAGCACAAAAAUGCUAAAAAGAAACUAAAUGAAAAGCUAAAAAACAUGCAAGUGGGUCGCAUGCAAAAGUCCGGCAGUACUAAUGACAAAAAGAAAAAAUAGACUGUCACCCAAAUCCAUAUACAUGCAUAUAUAU